CUGUACUUUCAACGUUUCUUCUGAUUUUUAACCCAAGUCGGUUUUCUGGGGGAGGGCUUGAGUUUUCUGUUUCCGAUCACACGGGUCGUGCAUUUUCGGUUAUCUCAUUCUUUUUGUUUCAAGGGAGUGGUGAUUAUCAAAUUGUUAAUGACUUUAAGUUUCUCCACCGACUGUCCACGAGCGACGCUGUUUUUCUAUUGCUGUAUUCUCCCUCUCACUUUUGGUUCUUGGGUUUUGAAGUGUUGGUGGAUCAUCUUAACAUCCAUCCAGCAGCCUUUAUUUGCUGAAGUGCUUGUGAUGAGUUCAAAUGAGCCAGAUGGAAAUGGAGCUGACGGCGCAUUGCCCCCUCCCCCGCCCCCUCCUCCUAUUCCCCCUAAUGUCAUUCCUAUUCAGGCCGAACUAGAGCAGGCUCCAGAAUUAGUGAAGAAAAAGGUUGUGCGGGUUCCCAUCGCACGACGUGGCCUUGCUUCAAAGGGCCAGAAGAUAACUCUGCUUACUAAUCAUUUUAAAGUAAAUGUGUCUAAUAUAGAAGGACAUUUUUUUCAUUACAGUGUUGCACUUUCGUAUGAAGAUGGUCGCCCUGUUGAUGGCAAGGGCAUAGGAAGAAAAGUGAUUGAUAAAGUACAUGAAACUUAUCAUAGUGAAUUAGCUGGAAAGGAAUUUGCUUAUGAUGGAGAGAAGAGUUUAUUCACCGUUGGUCCUCUCCCGAGAAAUAAACUUGAAUUUACCGUUGUUCUUGAGGAAGUCUCAUCAAACAGGAAUAAUGGAAACUGUAGUCCUGAUGGUCAUGGAAGUCCAAAUGAUGGAGAUCGAAAAAGGAUGAAACGACCCUACCAUUCGAAAUCAUAUAAGGUAGAAAUUAGCUUUGCAGCGAAGAUACCAAUGCAGGCUAUUGCAAGUGCUUUACGUGGUCAGGAAUCUGAGAAUUUCCAAGAGGCCAUUAGGGUGCUGGAUAUCAUCUUACGGCAGAAUGCAUCAAAGCAAGGUUGCCUGCUUGUCAGACAAUCAUUUUUCCAUAAUGACCCAAACAGUUUUGCUGAUGUAGGCGGUGGUGUUCUUGGCUGUAGAGGCUUUCACUCUAGUUUUAGAACAACCCAGAGUGGCCUCUCUUUGAAUAUUGAUGUUUCCACUACAAUGAUUAUACAGCCCGGUCCUGUUGUGGACUUCUUAAUUGCAAACCAGAAUGUCAGGGAUCCUUUCUCACUUGACUGGACCAAGGCUAAACGGACACUUAAGAAUUUGAGGAUUCAAGCAAGCCCGUCUAAUGCAGAAUACAAGAUAACUGGAUUAAGUGAAAAGGCUUGUAAAGAGCAAACGUUUACGUUGAAACAGAAAAGUGGAAGCGAUGAAGAUUCCAUUGAAAUCACUGUUUAUGAUUAUUUUGUUAAGCAUCGCCACAUUGAACUUCGAUAUUCAGCCGAUCUUCCUUGUAUAAAUGUGGGGAAGCCUAAGCGUCCCACUUAUAUCCCUGUUGAGCUAUGCUCCUUGGUAUCACUGCAACGAUACACAAAAGCACUGUCCACAUUUCAAAGAGCUUCACUGGUCGAGAAAUCGAGGCAAAAGCCUCAAGAAAGGAUGAGGGUUUUGUCUGAUUCUUUGAGAAAGAACAAAUAUGAUGCUGAACCAAUGUUACGGUCAUGUGGAAUUGCUAUUAAUUCAAACUUCAUUCAAGUUGAAGGCCGUGUUCUACCUGCACCCAAGUUGAAAGUGGGCAAUGGGGAAGAUUUCUUUCCACGUAAUGGCCGGUGGAAUUUCAAUAAUAAGAAAUUUGCUCAACCUACCAAAAUAGAGCGAUGGGCUGUGGUAAACUUUUCAGCACGCUGUGAUACACGUGGCCUUGUCAGAGACCUUAUCAGAUGUGGUGAUAUGAAAGGCAUUGCAAUAGAAGCGCCUUUUGAUGUUUUUGAAGAAAAUCCACAAUUCAGGCGUGCACCACCUAUGGUUAGAGUUGAAAAGAUGUUUGAGGAAGUUCAGUCUAAACUACCUGGACAACCGCAAUUCAUCCUUUGCAUACUCCCUGAGAGGAAGAAUUCUGAUCUUUAUGGUCCUUGGAAAAGAAAGAAUCUUGCAGAAUUUGGAAUUGUUACUCAAUGUAUUGCUCCUACACGUGUAAAUGACCAGUACCUCACAAAUGUGCUUCUGAAGAUCAAUGCCAAGCUUGGUGGGCUAAAUUCCUUGUUAGCAGUUGAGCAUUCUCCAUCCAUUCCUAUGGUUUCAAAGGUUCCCACAAUUAUCCUGGGUAUGGAUGUCUCACAUGGAUCUCCAGGCCAGUCAGAUGUUCCAUCUAUUGCUGCGGUGGUUAGCUCGCGGCAGUGGCCCUUGAUUUCUCGUUACAGAGCUGCUGUUCGGACUCAAUCUCCAAAAGUUGAGAUGAUAGAUUCUUUGUACAAGCGUACUUCUGAAACUGAAGAUGAUGGCAUAAUGAGGGAGCUUUUACUCGACUUCUAUACUAGUUCAGGAAAAAGGAAGCCUGACCAGAUUAUUAUAUUCAGGGAUGGUGUCAGUGAAUCUCAAUUCAAUCAAGUUCUAAAUGUUGAACUUGAUCAGAUCAUACAGGCUUGCAAGUUCCUUGAUGAAAAUUGGUCCCCGAAGUUUGUGGUGAUCGUUGCACAGAAAAAUCAUCACACCAAGUUCUUUCAGUCUGGAUCUCCUGACAACGUUCCUCCAGGGACUAUUAUUGACAACAAAAUUUGUCAUCCAAGAAACAACGAUUUCUAUCUCUGUGCGCAUGCUGGAAUGAUUGGUACUACAAGGCCAACUCACUAUCACGUUCUGUUAGAUGAAAUUGGUUUUUCUGCAGAUGACCUGCAAGAACUUGUGCAUUCUCUAUCCUAUGUAUACCAAAGAAGUACUACUGCUAUUUCUGUAGUUGCUCCAGUUUGCUAUGCACACUUGGCGGCCACCCAGAUUGGGCAGUUUAUCAAGUUUGAAGAAGCAUCGGAGACGACCUCAAGUGAUGGUGGUUUGACAAGUGCUGGGGCAGUUCCUGUUCCCCAACUCCCCAGGUUGCAGGAGAAAGUCUGCAACUCAAUGUUCUUUUGUUAAAGUGGUGGGUAGUAAAUUAGUGUCUAAUUUUGUUGCACAGGAGAUGGAGGUGGUAGGCUCCCAUUCAUUUAUUUAGUAUGAGUCUAGUGUUGUGAUUUGACCUGUGUUUGGACAAAAAAAAAAAACUUGGAACUCUUUAGAUUUUGUGCUCUGCUGGCCUGCCUGCCUUUUUUAAGUAUAUAAAAGCCAGCAAGGAGAGGGAGGGGGCUCUUUUGGUUUUAUUAUGUAGCAGCAUAAUCGUAUAGUGGUCACCUUGCUGUAUGAACUUUGAAUUGCCUCCCUUGGCAGACAUGACUAUCACAUUUUGUUUUAUUUCUA